AUGUACAGCUUCAUGGGUGGCGGCCUCUUCUGUGCCUGGGUGGGGACCAUCCUGUUGGUGGUAGCCACAGCAACGGACCACUGGAUGCAGUACCGGCUGUCGGGGUCCUUCGCACACCAGGGCCUGUGGCGUUACUGCCUGGGUAGUAAGUGCUUCCUGCAGACGGAGAGCAUUGCAUAUUGGAAUGCCACCCGCGCUUUCAUGAUCCUGUCUGCCCUGUGUGCCACCUCGGGCAUCAUCAUGGGCGUCCUGGCCUUCGCACAGCAGUCCACCUUCACCAGCCUCUCCAGGCCCUUCUCCGCCGGCAUCAUGUUUUUUGCCUCCACUCUUUUUGUACUGUUGGCCUUGGCCAUUUACACGGGAGUCACCGUCAGCUUCCUGGGUCGCCGCUUUGGGGACUGGCGCUUUUCAUGGUCUUACAUCCUGGGCUGGGUGGCCCUGCUCAUGACCUUCUUUGCAGGAAUUUUCUACAUGUGUGCCUACCGGAUGCAUGAGUGCCGGCGCCUCUCCACCCCGCGCUGA